UCGUGCGCAGCCACAUCGCGUGUUAGUUUAUGCUGCGCAACCGGUUAACUAGCAAGCAGAACGGGCACCUCGCGCCGGUAAAGUAAUGUUCGUAUUGCGAGUGUUGUGUGCGCUUUAGGAUGGUACGUGCGGUGAUCCUGUCCGUAGUGAUCGUCGUGCUGAUCGUGAGAAGUGCUCCCGCUGGUGAGGCGCAUCGACUCUGGACGCGGUGUGAAGUGGCACGUGAGCUAGCGCUUAAGCACGUCCCGGAAGAGCAGAUCGGUGAUUGGUUGUGCAUCGCCGAGCAGGGUUCGGCUUACAAUGGGUCGGCAGUUAAUCUGAGGUUCAAGCAUUUCGGUGGCAGUGGAUAUUAUGGGCUGUUCCAGAUUAUCGAUCGUUACGCGUGCGCAAAGUAUGGUUCGAUCUGUGGCUUAUCCUCGUGCGAUGAUCUGCUCGACGAUGAGCUGGACGAUGAUAUUGAGUGCAUGCUCAAGAUACACGCGGCGUACGUCCGAGAGCUGGGUGAUGGAUUUGCUGCGUGGCCGAUCUACAAAACUGCCUGCCGUGCGGAAGAAAGUGACAUCGGGCCAAGGUCGGUGAGAUUGAGAGUUCCUUUUGAUGAUUGUCUUGACGAGGAGGUCGUACGAGUACAGGCGUACUUUAAGCGUAAGCGUGCGAAGGCGAAAAAAGCGAACCUUGUGCUGGCCCCAUCGGGCAAGGUGUAUGAACGAUGCGAACUGGCGACGGAGUUGCGUGAUCGACAUCGAAUGCCGGUAGAACAGAUAGCAACUUGGGUGUGCAUCGCGUACCACGAGAGUCGCUUCAAUACGUCAGCGGAAGGUCGUCUAAACGCGGACGGGAGUGGUGAUCAUGGGUUGUUUCAAAUCAGUGACAUUUACUGGUGCUCUACGGAUGCGAAUCGGCCGGGCAAAGCGUGCCGUGUCACGUGUGCCGCAAUGAGGGACAACGACAUUACGGACGACGUGCGAUGCGUGCGGAUGAUUUACGACGAGCAUCAACGAAUUUCGGGCAAUGGGUUUAACGCCUGGACGGUGUACAAGCCGUACUGUGAGGGUAGAGAAGCUAGCUUCAUGCACAACUGCUUUGACGAAGCAGGUGGACAUCAGGACCAAUAUCCGACCACACCGAAUAAACCACGGCCAGGAAUUGUGGCUCCAACCGUACCUACGCUUCCUGCAAAGAAGUUACCGACGGCAGACAUUGGUAAGGUGUACGAUCGUUGUGAGCUGGCAAACGAUUUGCUGCACAAAUUCCACAUGCCAAAGGAACAAGUGGCAACGUGGGUGUGCAUCGCGUAUCACGAGAGUCGCUUCAACACUUCGGCCGAAGGUCGUCUCAAUGCGGAUGGGAGUGGUGAUCAUGGACUGUUCCAAAUCAGUGACAUCUACUGGUGUUCUCCACCCGGCAAUGGAUGGGCAUGUGGAGUUAGUUGUGAUGCUCUGAAGGAUUCCGACAUUACAGACGAUGUGCGGUGUGUGCGUACGAUCUUUGAUGAACAUCAGCGAUUGUCCGGAGAUGGGUUUAACGCCUGGUCCGUCUACAAACCUUACUGCCAGGGACGUUCGAGUUCGUUUGUGCGAGGUUGCUUUGGAGAAGAAGACGACUCCCAGCACCCGGUAACCGUCCCAAGGCCUGCCAUUACAGCUCCAACAAGUGCACCACGUCCUCGCUCCUCGCCGGGCAAGGUGUUUGAUCGGUGUGAACUCGCUCGGGAGCUUCAUCUCCGGCAGGGUGUCGCGCUGGAACAAACCGCUAACUGGGUGUGCAUUGCAAAGUAUCAAUCAAACUUCAACACGUCUGCGAUCGGUUACGGACCGGAGGGUGUCCAGUAUCAUGGGAUGUUCCAGCUGAGCGAUGAAUUUUGGUGCUCUCCACCCGGCAGAGGAUGGGUUUGUGGGAUCACCUGUGAGCAGCUGCGAGACGGUGACCUCACAGAUGAUCUAGCAUGCAUGCGACACAUCUACGAGGAACAUCAGCGCAUUUCCGGCGACGGGUACAAUGCAUGGGCCGUAUAUCAACCGUACUGCAAGGGUAAAAGUGCCACCGUGCUUGAUGGGUGCUUCGAGGAAGGUGAAAAUGCGAUCGUUCCCACGCCACCGACAACUCGUCGUCCGGUAUCGCCGCCGAAAAAUUUCCCUCGCGGAAAGGUGUACGGACGGUGCGAGCUGGCACAGGAAUUGUACUACAAGCAUGGAUUGCCGUACGAUCAGAUCGCCACCUGGGUUUGUAUUGCUCAUCGCGAGUCUAACUACAAUGUGUCGGCGAUCGGACGCUUGAAUGCGGAUGGAAGCGAAGAUCACGGUCUGUUCCAAAUCAGCGAUAUCUAUUGGUGUUCGCCGCCGGGGAAGGGAUGGGUAUGCGGACUGUUCUGCUCCGAUCUGGAGGAUAACGAUCUAACGGAUGACGUCGAGUGUAUGAAGACGACCUACGAGGAGCACACACGGCUGUCGGGCGAUGGAUUCAAUGCUUGGGCUGUCUAUCGGCCGUACUGUAAGGGACGUUCCGAGCAUUACAUCAAUGGGUGCUUCGAGCAGACGAGUAUCGAGCCGACAACGAUCACGACGGUUCCUACCACCACGAGAACGCGCACGACAAGGUCACGGGCAAGUACAACAAAGUUGCCUCGAUGGAGUACUACGAUCCCUACCACUCGAUCGACCACCGCUAGGGCGAAGACUAGCAGUCUACGGCAGACGGAAAGAAUUCCAACUUCAACGAACCCACCGACCACUCGGUCCACAACAAGUUUGUACGAGUUUUAUCUAAACAACUUCGGACGUCGUCCGGCCAUCACUACUGCCAUGCCGGUGUAUACGUUCAAACCGUUUGCCUCCCGGCAACGUGCAACGAACACUGCCACCGAACGUCCAACGACUGCAGCGAUCACAUUAACCACCACGCAACUGCCACCUGUCACGACGGUCGUCGCCGACCGUACCACGACAAGGUUUAGUGACUUUAACCGUUGGUUCCAGGCCGGAUAGGUCGCGUGAGUCUGGUAGGAAAUUGUAACCUUAAGUGAAACGGCGAAACAACUGACCAACGGUGACCUUUACAGAAGCAAAAAUAGUUCUUCAAAUCGCCAAAUCCGAACGCUUUUGGAUGUUCAAAAAUAAAUCCCCAAAUGAUUCAUUCCCUUCGAAAAAACAAACCUUACUGAUUACUUCGAAAAAACUUCGGGCCAGUUCCGUUUCACAUUUUGUGACUUAUUUGCAUAAGUUGGCACCUGUCUGCGGGUGACUGUCGGUAAACUUUGAUGAUCGAAAUGCUCACCGUAAUAUGAUGCGGCAGCAAAUUCCCCAUGUAUGGGCAGGAUAAAACAACAAACUGGUCGUUUAUGUGAUGUGCAUUAAUUUAUAGCUAAAAAAAGAAUGAUUUUCACAGAAGCCUGCAACCCAUCGUGUACUGUAUGCAAUGUAUCAUUUUAAUCAAGAUCUUAACAAAGUUUCGGAAUUUGUAGGAAGGAACGGCGACAACAAAAAUCAGUAGUAGACAUUGACAAACGAAGAUUCAUUCUUCAUCGUAUCGGAUUAAAAAUGUACCUUUUGCCAUUUACAAGCGCGCGCGUUCGUCUUCGAUCGCUCAUUUAAGUUUCUUCAUCUCGUGUUUACACAGAACGUCAAACAAACAACCAACCAAUGGUUUGAUAAACAAUGGCACAUUUUCGCCUGCUGUUAAGAUGACGAUCGCCCGCCCGCCUUGGGUCAUGCCUUUUCAGCCGCAUCGCAUGCCUUUUAAUGGCGCAUCGGAGGCGGUGUGAGAAAAUGGGAAACCAAACAGUCCGAUUAGUCAGCUCGCCCCGGUGGGGUAUAUUUCCCUCACACAUACGGUGCGUGAAGCUAUCGGUUUGAUCAAACUAAACCUAUGAUCUUAUACACACGCGAAACGAUCGCGAUACAACUUAAUUUGUUGCAAAUGCUGGUGAAAGGGUGUGUCUAAUAAUGUUCUAUCGUCUCAGUGCCGAUAACGUUAUCCGUUGGACUGAUUGCUAAAAAUUUCAACGCCAUAAAACCAUCACAAUCCCUUCCCAAUGACGAUGCUUCGUGACUAAGCCCGUUUUAUCACACGUUCAUCCAUCAAACAGGUCUCCCCUUUAGAACGCGUUACAAUCAACCAAUAGCACUGCAGCGAGUAAAAAUAGAUGCAGUCCAAUUGAACCUGUUCCACGGGUUCAGUACGCAUAAAAUUAAAUGCGUUUUUUUCCAUUGCCUUUAUAGUGCCUACGCACACGGCAAAAGAACGGUGUAGAAGUACAAAAUGUUCUCACACCCUAAAGCACUUGAAAAUGCUGUAAAUUAGUUUGUUAUCGUGUUUUGCUCGUUGACGUCGUUGUUUUAGUGGAGUGGAUAAGCAAAAGAUUUGAUGAUUGCUGUUACAUUCACCACCGGCACGUAAUAGCUUUAUCGCAGCUUCAAUUGAGACAAUAAUCAUAUUUUAUCGCAUAUUAUCGACGUUUGUGUGUUGCAUGCAUCACACGAGUAAUAAAUUGAAACUUUUUGUAUUAAAA